UCCUAAUUUUUCAUAAUGAUGAGUCUUUUAGCAUACAAUUCAUACAAUUCAGUCGAUACGCCAAUGGGAGAUGAGCUUGUGGGUCAACACGAAGGUAUAGAUCCAGAAUUAAUAGCGAAAGGAAUUUUUGAUGAAGAAAGCGAAUUUCCAUAUAUCAACGUUCCAAUUACAUUUACCAAUAUGAAUGGGAUCUGUAAACAAUGUAAUCGAUCGAAUACUUUUGCGAAUUGGUGUCAACCAUGUAAUUCAAAAAGAUUUCAAAAACAGUACGAAGCUGAUAAAAAAUUUUCAAGUGGGAACAAAAUGAUUGAUGAGUUUAUUAGUUACGUACAAGAAAAUGCCAGUAGACCAUCUGAAGUGAUUGAAUGGAUACCUUAUGAGAGAUUGAUUAAUAUAAGAUUUUUUGAGAAAAAUUAUUUUAAAAACAGGUUAAUGGAAACAUAUAUCGCUAAUUGGAUGGAUGGUUAUAUCAUAGGAUGGGAUCAAGAAACAAAUAAUUGGAAAAGAAAUUAUACCGGUGUUGAAGUUUUAUUAAAGAAAAUUGAUGAUUCUUGUGUUCAUUUUAGAUCUCCAGGUGAUUUUUUGAACGAGGUAUGAGAAAAUUUUUUAUAUGAAAAUUCAAUUUAACUUUAUUUUAUUUUUAUUUUUUAUUUAAAAAAAAAAUUUUUUUUU